AUGACUGAGCCAAGCACCAGAAUACACAAGGGCCGACAAAAGCGACCUCGUGUACCCGAUGCCCUGCGGAAAAGGGCGGCAAAAGCAUGCCUGCCUUGUCGACAGCACAAGGAAAAAUGCGGAGGAGGCAAUCCAUGCACGCGCUGCCAGCAGCAUCAGAGAACCUGCCAUUUUGACAGUGUCGAUCGACGGCCAUCAUCAGAUAGAAGUGGUCUGCCGAGAUUGAAACCCAGCGAGAACAGCGGAGCUGAGACACAGUCGGCGAGAGAGGUCCAAAUGCAAAGGAUCAUCAAGCACUUCGUGGGCGACACAUCUUUCGAUACCAGCAGUCUGCAGAAACUCGCAGACGAACUGACUCAUGGUGAUCAGGAUCACCACAGUGAUUCGACCGAGUCUCACAUUGAUACCCCGACCAACGAUUAUUCUAUAGACACUCUUUCCACUAGCACAAUGCAUUACUCUGGAGAGCUAUCUCACUGGAACUUCUCAAGAAUGCUUGAGCGGCGAUUACGAAGCCUUGGGGACCAAGUCGGACAACGUAAGGGCGUCGAUCACACCGAGGGCUUCUUUCGAGCCACUGACCUACAAUCAUCGGGAUCCUGCAUAACCCUUGCAAGAACAUACUUCCCUCCCAAACAUAUCGCCGAAUUCUUGACCAAUGCGUUCCUAAAGUUCAGCGAAACAAACUACUUUUACUUCCAUGAAGGGACGUUUCGAGAGAAGUUGAACUUCUAUUACACCAACGAGCGCCAACUUUCGAUCCACGAUGCCGGAUGGAUAUGCACUCUUCUAAUGACCUUUGCCAUCGGCACGCAGUUUGCACAUAUGCAUGCCAAAUCAAGUGCCAGUGAAGCCUCAGUUGAAACCAUACCCGGUGAUCAGAUUGGGCUCGAAUUAUAUCGGUACGCAUGUCGACUCAUUCCAGAUCUCAUCACCGUUGCAAGUGUCGAAACCGUUCAGUCAUUUUUGCUGUUGGGAGUUUAUACAUUCCCUAUCGACACAGCCGGCCUGGCGUACGUUUACUAUGGACUUGCUAUAAAAAUGGCUAUUCAGAAUGGAAUGCACCGCAAGCUGAUGGAGGGUAAUAAUAUACCUGCAGAGAUCAUCGAAGUACGGAAUCGGCUUUGGUGGACUGCCCAUUCCCUGGAAAGUCGGAUAGGCAUUCUCCAUGGAAGACCUGUAUCCGUAUCACCGUCUGAUAUCGAUGCGCCUAUGCCCGUGGAUCUUCCAGCCUUACAACCAGCCGACCGAUAUACCAACCUGCCCAACUUCACAGCAGCAAUAGUGUUAACGAACCACCUAGCCAAAGCAUACGAGGUGAUGAAAUCCCUACGACAUUUCCAGAAGCCCAACAAAAAGAAAUACCUCCGACAACUAGCCGCUCUACGAAGCCGACUCGUCUCAUGGUGGGACAGUCUCCCCACCACAAUCCACUGUCGAGACCUCACCCCAGACGGCAAAUUCUUCCGAUGCAACGUCCACCUCGAGAUAUACUACACAACAACCUUGAUAUUCAUGGGUCGCCCAUUCAUCAUCUCCCAAGGCGUAUCCGAACCAACAGAAGCUGACCCAGGCUCACCCACCCACGAAGUCCCAGAAAUAGUCAACAUUCUCCGCCGAGACUCCUUCCACGCCGCAGUUAGGGUAAUCGAACUUUGCCAGCUCCUCCAUGAAUCAGUCGGACUGGCGCGCGUCUCAUAUACCGAGUUCAACGGAUGCCGCGUUGCCCUAUUGGCUUUAAUAGCCCAUAGCAUGAAUGAGCCCACGCUCAAGAUCUCAAGUACCCUGACUCAAGGCAUGGGUCUCAUCCGCCAGAUAUGCACAGGGCUGGAAUCUGCGCGCUCGGAAGUCGCCGUCAUCGAAGCAUUGGAGCGUGCGAGACAGCGUCUUCAUAGUCAUUCUGCUGAGACGAGUCAUGAUACAGAUGAUGUGACGGGUUACGAUCAGUUCAAGGAAUGGGCUAAGCUAUGGCGAGGCGAUCUGAUGGAUGAUAGUGAUCCUCUUCCGUUGGAUGAUGUGGGGCUGCAAUUUGGGGAACAACCUCAUGAGGCUAUUCCCCCUUUUGAUGGAUUUCUCUCGUCUUUUCCCAAUGAGCUGGGCGAGUUUGCUGCUAUCCCGGGACUGAGUUAUGACUUGUCCCUGGCCCAUAAUUGGUUCGAGAAUCCGCAGGCUGAGGGUUCUGAAUGGGUUAUAGAUCAGUCGCUUUGA